AUGGAAACUCCUAAACAGGCUAGCUGGAUGGGGAAGUAUACUAUCAGCAAAGCUUAUCAUUCCUUCAUACCACAAUAUCCAAAAGUUACUUGGAAGACAUUGUACUUGACACAAGGUAUGUUCCCUGGGCAUCAAUUCAUUGUGUGGAUGGCACUGCAUCGGAGACUAGCAACUGUGGAUAGGCUGAUCAAAUGGGGAAUACCAGUACCUGCAGAAUGUGUUCUGUGUAUGACAAAUGAAGAGGAAGCUUAUGAUCACUUGUUCUUUGAAUGCUCAUAUUCAAAGUUCAUAUGGAAGCAAAUUUUGAGGCUGUUUGGAAUUGAUCGACAAGUAGGUAGAUGGCGCGAAGCGAUUGAAUGGAUGGCUAAAAAAACAAAGAGCAGGAAUACAAAAUGGAAGAUUCUGGGAAAUGCCUUUGCAGAAACAGUAUAUCACACAUGGAUGGAAAGGAACCUACGAAGGUCUCAACAGAUAAGGAAAUAA